AUGCUUAUAUUGAGACUUGGUAUAUACCUCUCACCCCACUACAAUUUCCACGCCGGAUUAGAUCGAAUUCCUAACGACCCUUUCGAUAUCCGGUUUGGGUCCGAGAUUAGCGCCAAUAGCCCCAACGUCUGGAGCGAAGAACGCCAGCUAUUUCUGCGUAACGUUCUGCCGGUACCGGUCCAUUCUCAUAACGAUUACGAGCGCCGCAUUCCUCUCUUCGAGGCACUCGGGUCCGGGUGCAUAAGCGUUGAGGCCGAUGUCCACUUGAAAGACAAUGAUCUCCUGGUCGGGCACUCUGACGCAAGCCUACGCAGAGACGUCACGCUACGCUCUUUGUAUUUGGAGCCACUACAACGCAUCUUGGAAGCUCAGAAUGUGGCGACUAGUUCUCGACGCGGCGUUUUCAACCUCGCCCCUGAGCAGACUCUGGUUCUCCUCGUGGACUUUAAAAGCACAGGGCCUGAAGCUUUUGCAGAGAUGCACGCCCAACUAGAACCAUUGCGAGACCUUGAUUUCCUCACCUACUGGGACGGUACGACUCAAAUAACGAGGCCCCUUACCGUCGUAGCAUCAGGAAACACCAACUUUGACUCUGUGCUUGCCCUGAACGAGACCCACAGGGACAUAUUUUGGGAUGCCAAGCUUGAAGUGUUGGCCGCCGCCGAUGACAACCCAGAUAAAGAUUCACCCACGUUCAAGUUCAAUCAGUCGAACUCUUACUAUGCCUCGACAGAGUUUAGGAACGCCAUGAUUUACGCCUACGACCGCGAUACCGACACACCCCCUACGCAACUAGAACAAGCAAGAGUAAGAGGCUUGCUGACACGAUAUUGGGACACCCCAGCAGAGCCUCCAAACUUGAGGGAGGUUGUAUGGAGGGUAUUGGUUGACGCUGGCGUCGGCGUUCUGAACGUGGAUGAUCUGGCUGCUGUGAGAGCAAGGGCCAAGGGGGUGGGAAGCAUUGGAAAGGACACCACCCGUCCCUUGAUUAAGUUUUAG